AUGGCUUUUCCUCGGGGCGAUCGCCGUGGAGGGCCAGCUCAGUGGGGCGGCCAGGCAGGAGGCGACGGUGGUUGGGGUGGAGGCCGCGAUCGAUGGCCUCGCACCAACGACACCCACAAUCUGUGGGAGAUUCGUAUGCCUCACUUUCUGGCUAGGCUGGCGGAAACAGACCGGGAGUCCGACAGCUCUAUCAUGGUCAUGGACACCAGGGAUGAGCGGAUCGUGAGCCCUUUCCAGUGUUGGCUCGUGAAGGAGGUGGUCACAAACGCUCGCUCGAGCAUUAACGUGCUCACUGAGCGUGAUCAGGUCAUGCCGCCCAAUUCUGGCUUCCACCUUACGUUGUUCGCCAACUAUACCCUCGACGGUAUCAAGGUGGUCCUGGUUUUGGCGAUCGAUUCUGAGACGGGCUCACCAUGUGGGGGUUGGGACGGGCCCACAGCCACAGCCCUGUCCCACCCUCAGUUCCAGCCGUUCUUGUGGCCUUUGAUGCGGGACACGUCGGCUUCCUACGUUGACGUGAAGCUGUAUAACGGCAACGAGGUCUUGUUACACUGGGUCUUCAGGGGCUAUUGGUCCGACAUCGAUUUGUCGGCACAGGUCCAGGACGCUCGGGUCGGGACAUUCCGGCCAUCCGUGGUCAUCUCGGUGUUCAUCAGCUGGAAGGUGGGGCGGCGCUCUUAUUCAGUGGGCCCACAUGGUACCGUCUACGCAGGUGACCACUGCCGAUCGCAACUGAGGGUGGUGGAUCGCGGUUCAGAUGACGCCAUUGGCAACGAUGCUGAUCGGGUGGAGUUGCGUUUCAGGAGAGCCGCAACCCGAGUGGAGGGGCCGGAGCACGUGGAGCAGUUCGCCCAGGUGUGCGCGAUCCACCAGGCUCGCACCGUGGAUGAGACGGGGGCCUCGGUCUAUUUUGUGGGUGCGCUGGAGGAGGGCAAUUUCCACAUCAUCGCCAGCUCACCGCUGUUCAGACAGGAUGCAAAGAUCGUGAAUCCGGAAGCGCUGGCAGAACGGGCUCCCGAGAUUGCAGUCUCGGCACCUGUAG